AUGUAUAUGGACGACUUAUUGACUGGUUCAGAUUCCAGCAAUGAAUUACUAAGUAUGCAAAGGGAUAUUUCAAGUAUAUUGGCUAGUGCAGGAUUUACGUUAAGAAAAUGGCUCACAAAUGAUCAUGGUCUCCUAAAAAGGUUUGAAGUGACAAAGGAAAUAGAAAUAAGUAUCGUGAGUAUAGGUGAGAAUGAACAAAAUAAAACAUUAGGGGUGUACUGGAAUUCCAGUCAGGAUUUGUUCCAGUACAAAAUAAGUGACUUUGACAAUUCCCAGGGACGAGUUACGAAACGGCGUAUUCUUUCAACUACUUGUCAGAUCUUCGAUCCCUUGGGAUUGCUAGGCCCUAUAAUAAUAGUAGCGAAACUUAUUAUACAAGACCUUUGGAAAUUGAAACUAGAUUGGGACGAAGACGUUCCACCAAAUUUAAGACAGAAAUGGUUAAAUUUUCAAACUGAAUUACCAGAAAUAAACAGGAUUGAAGUUCCUCGUAGAGUUGUGUUCACAGAAAGUAUGCAAAUAGAGGUUCAUGGAUUUUGUGAUGCCUCAGAAAAGGCUUACGGAGCAUGCAUAUAUUUAAGGUGCGUGUUUAAUUCUGGACGAAUAAUAUCAAAUUUAGUUUGCGGCAAGUCAAGGGUAGCGCCUAUAAAGCAAGUCAGCCUACCGCGCCUUGAAUUAUGCAGUGCAUUAUUGUUAGCCAACCUAGCAAAAAGAGUUGUAUCAGACAUGAAGAUACAGCACUUGAAGCAAUACUAUUGGUCAGACUCGAUGAUAGCAUUGGGGUGGAUAAGAAACCCAUCUAAGAGAUGGAAAACCUUUGUUGCCAACCGAGUCAGCGAGAUACAGACUCUAACUAAUAUUGAAUCGUGGUCCCAUGUAAAAUCAGAGGAAAAUCCUGCGGACUUACUAUCCCGUGGAGUAAGUAUUAUUUACCUGAUCGAUUGCGAACUUUGGUGGCACGGUCCAAAAUGGUUAGAACAAGACACUAGUAGUUGGAACUCUUCGGUAAAAUCGACGUUAAUGAUCUUCCAGAAGAAAAACUUGUAA